AUGAAUUUAGUAAAUGAUGAUAAUGCAAAGCGAAAAAUGUCGUCCUCGUCCAGUGAAAAUUUACCAACAACUGCUACACUUGACUGUUUACUCACAAAUAUUGAAAUCUUGAGUCCUUUAAAUCUUACACCAUUAACUAAUUUUAUUCGUCAAGAGGUUAUAAGCCACGUAUCAACAUUUGAAAAUAGAUGUAAUAAGAAUUGGUUAUUUUCAGGACUUGUUAAACUUGGAAUAUCAAGAUUUUAUCUUUUUAUUUUAUUGAUAAUAUUCACAGGAUUAACCGUUAAAAAUAUGUAUAACAGAUCAUUAUAUUUACUAUGUAAUUUGAUCGGUGUAGUUUAUCCAACUUAUCGAUCAAUGAAGAUUAUCGAUAAAGAAAAAAAACAAUGGUUAACAUAUUGGACAAUUUAUGGAUGGUUACAGAUUGCAGAUUAUUGGUCUGGAUCACUACUUAAAUUAUUUCCUGGUUAUAAUAUUUUCAAAUUAUUAUUUCUUUAUUGGGCACAAAAUGAUAGAUUUAAAGAAAUAAGUAAUGCAUCAAUAACAACUUCUUUAAAAAAUGAACUUAAUACAGAAGAUAUUUGGAAAAAAGAUAUUGCAAUGUAUGAGACAACAAAGGUAAGGCCUUAUCGAGUAAACAUAGUAUGA